UGCAAUUCUUUUUCACAUAUCUCAAACUAAAUUAUCAAUUUUCUCAGAAUCCUCUCAUGUCUCGUCUCUUCAUCUCUCAUAUCUGGUCAUCUGCAAUCUUCUUUUCUCUGGUGAGCUCCUCGCAUCUUCUUCUAAGAAACCCCUCUGUCUCUCCAACCACCGUUGAUAAGCUUCACCACCACGCUCCUUUUGGAACCAUUACGUCGUCACAAAAACACAUCAAUGCCUCUGCUCACAUAUCCAUCGUUACCCUCUCUCCUCUCCGGAGACACAGAAACAAGAAACAAAACGUCGUCACCUGUCUCCAUCUCCACCUUGUUUCAGUUAGAAUAUCGUCUAGUCUCUCUCUCUCUCUCUCUCUCUCUCUCUCUCUCUCUCUCUAUCUCUCUCUCUCUCUCUUUUGAUUCUGGUUUUGUCACCGUUUUUGGUAUAGAAAGCUGAUGGAAAGGAUUUCCCAUGAAAGUUUGAAUCUUUUUUAUGUUUGUGUUUUGAAAUCUGGGUUCCAGGGAUAAACAGAAGAUGAAGAACAUCAGGAGACGGAGAGAAGAGAGAAGAGGCGAAGUCGGAGCUCUGUAGUGAUGGAGAUGGCGGCUAUGACUGUGAUGGGAACUUGUCUCCAACUUGCUUUUAGUCUGAGAAUUUUGUGUGUCCUGUGUUCAUUUGAACUGAGAGAUACUUUUGUGUUUCAGAAAUUGAUGUAUCAGCAUGAAAGCGGUCUUUUCGAUUUUAGACGGACUGAAAGCUCUCCGUUGCUGCUUGUAAUUGACAAAAGAGAUGACCCGGUUACCCCAUUGCUUAGUCAGUGGACAUAUCAGGCAAUGGUGCACGAACUCAUAGGACUUGAGGAUAAUAAAGUUGACGUGAGAGCCAUUGGAAGUCUUUCAAAAGAUCAGCAAGUUGAGGUGGUUUUAUCAUCAGAACAAGAUGCAUUCUUCAAAGCUAACAUGUAUGAAAAUUUUGGAGAUAUCGGAAUGAACAUCAAGCGAUUGGUCGAUGACUUUCAGCAGGUGGCCAAGAGUAACAAAAAUAUCCAGAGAGUAGGUAAAUAUAUGUGGACAUGGCCAGAUUUGUUGACAGCUACCCUGAGUACAAAAAAAUGCAAGGCAACGUGUCAAAGCAUGUAACCCUGGUUACUGAAAUGAGCAAGCUAGUUGAAGCAAGGAAACUGAUGCUGGUUUCACAAACAGAGCAGGACUUGGCUUGCAACGGUGGCUCGUGGAAUUAAGGUCUGUAUCUGAGAUUAUACCUCUCGAGGAACUUCGUAUAUCUCCCAAUAUAUGUCAUGUUGCUGACUUGUUGAAAAAAAAAAUUCAGGGGGUUGAGAAUGUAUACACUCAACUGCAGCUAGGGUUUUUUUUCAGAUUUUGUUUUUAAACCUGGUUUGUAUGUAAACUGGUUUAGUUUGUAAACCGAAAUUUUUUUGUAAUCUGGUUUAAUUUAUAAACCGAUUGUAAACCAAAAUUUUAAUAUAAACCAAAAUCAUUUAUAAA